CAUAUCUUCAUCAUCAUCUUCCUUCAUCCUCAUCGUCUUGAUCUUUUUUUAAACCCGCGGAUCGGCGCCAUGAGGGUCGCUGCGCUCCUCCUUUUACUCUCUUCUCAGGUCCCUCUCACUGUGGCCGAUGACUACUGUGUGGACGAAAGUGUCAGCAGCUUCAUGGCAAGGUUCUGGUACGUUUGGUUCCUCAUCAUCAUCGUGGUCUUCGGGUUCAUCAUGGGGGUCAGCAUCACCUGCCUGCAGCUCCACUGCUGUGCCUCCAAGUCCCCGGCGCCCGCGUACCCCGGGCAGCACUUCGAGGUGGCCGUCGUCGGCGUGGACAACGAGAGCACCGUCCACAGCAUCAGCUCUGUCUCCUCCUCCUCGGAGCAAAACCCCAGCGGACCCCCGUCGCACGUCUUCGCUACCGCUCUGAGCUUCCUCCCGCCGCCCUACCAGCUGUAUGCUCUGGAGAGCCCCCCGCAGUACGAGGACGCCGUUAAGAUGCCUGUGGAGAAGGGCGCCGGCGAGUCCGGGUGCGGGGUGGGGACGGAUCGCACGCCCAGCGCCGACACGGCGGACUUGGGGCACGAGAUGGGCCCCCAAGGGAGCGCAGACAGCCCCACUUGGGAGGAGGACCCACCGGAGUACCAGCUGUACGACACCAUAGUAGAGGAGGGCUUCACGGAAAUAAGGCUGAACGAAGACGACCCCUCGCAGGGUCACCCGGUGGACUCCCACACCUCAUGAGAACCCCUGAAAGUGGACUUGACCCCAUUCUGCUUUUAUUAUUAUUUCAGCUGCUCGAUGGACUCUUACCCAAAGUGCAUUGCGCUCCUUACAGUUCUAAUCACUCAAAUGUGGUUUGUUUUUUUUUUU